ACGCUCAACAGAAGCUCAUUAUUUCUCUCUUCCAAGUUCCGACCCAUAAAGAAAGAAAACUUUGUUUGCUUCCUCUCAAGUAAAUCAUAGAAACUCUCAGAUUUAGCAUCUCAUCCAUCCAUGUCAACGACACCGAGGACAACGUCCGCCGUCGACGGCGGCGAUCGGCGUCAACCCAGCCGGCUUCAACGUCGUGCUCCGGCUUCCUUACAAAUUAAUCCGAUUUCGAGCUGGAACGUUGCGAUCCCACUCUUAUCACCGCUCGCUUCUUCCCCUCCAUCGAUUGAUCGGAGGACGACUGAGAAAAGGGAAGAACCACCGCGUCAAGAGCAGCAGCGACAAAGCCAGGCAACGGAGCCGGAGAAGCUUGUGUUUAAGAUGUGGCAGCAUCCAGCGGCGCCGUUUUGUUAUGAGCCGUCGCCGUUUGUGCCGUCUUUUGUGCCGGUUUAGAUGUAAAUGAAGAAGAAAGAAAAGUAGUUUAACUCUUAACGGCGUGCGUUGAGCGUGUUCUGAUUUAACGCACACGCGACUAAUUUUGUGUAAAAUUACAGAAAUGCCCAUCGAUAUGUUAAUAUUAUUACACUGUUAACUAAAGAUCGAUUUCCGAUACAGUUUACAUUUCCGAUCCAUUUCAUUUAUUUGAGAAAGUGUUUUCCAUUUUUACUGUUUGGGGAGUGAGAAAGUGAAUGAAAAUGAGAAAGUGAGAGUUAACAAACAAAAUUGACAAGUUCUUCAUUUCAAAGAAAGAAAAUAUAAGAGAAAUUAAGUGUUGAAAUGGUCAUGUUAUAGGUGCCGACUUGAUUUGUUUUUUGCGUUUAUUAUUAUGAUCUGCUGUGGUUUGAAUGGUCAACUUAGAAGAAAUGGGCAUCAUAAAAAAAAGAAAAAAGAAAAAAGAAAGAUAAAGUAAUGACAACGAGACGGAAAUUAGGAAGAUAUUGUUCUUAACAAUUAUGUAGAAAUCAUAUCUUAUGGACCAAAUAAUAUUUCAAUUGUUAUUGUUUGUCUCAUUGAUUUGGCAACUUGUACCUUUAUUUUAUUUAUUUAUUUAUAUCUUUUUAUGUAAUGACUUCCUCAAUGAAAUUUAUUUCCUUUGAUUUU